AUGUCUGGACGUGGUUUUGGAGGUCGUGGUGGCGGUCGCGGUGGCGGCCGUGGUGGCGGUCGUGGCUUUAGUGGAGGUCGUGGAGGUGGUCGUGGAGGUGGUCGUGGAGGUGGUCGCGGUGGUGCUCCUGGUGGCCGUGGCUUUGGGGGAGGACGUGGUGGCGGCCGUGGUGGCGGUCGCGGCGCUCCUGGUGGUCGUGGUGGAGGUCGUGGUGGUGGACGUGGUGGUGGCCGUGGAGGUAUGGCUGGCGGUGCUAAGGUCGUCGUGGAGCCUCACCGCCACGCAGGUAUUUUCAUUGCUCGUGGCAAGGAGGACGCUCUUGUGACGCUUAAUUCGACCCCUGGCAAGUCGGUGUAUGGCGAGAAGCGCAUCUCGGUGGACGUUCCUGCCGCGUCGGGUGAAGGCACCGAGAAGGUCGAAUACCGUGUGUGGAACCCGUUCCGUUCCAAGAUUGCUGCUGCUAUUCUUGGCGGUGUCGACAACAUCUGGAUCACUCCUGGUGCCAAGGUGCUGUACCUGGGUGGUGCAUCAGGUACCACCGUAUCUCACGUCUCGGACAUCGUGGGACCUACCGGCGCUGUGUACGCCGUUGAGUUCUCCCACCGUGUGGGCCGUGACCUUAUCAACAUGGCUAAGUCGCGGACUAACGUUGUACCGAUUAUUGAAGACGCUCGUCACCCGCUUAAGUACCGUAUGCUUGUACCGAUGGUCGACGUCGUCUUUGCUGAUGUCGCUCAGCCUGACCAGGCUCGUAUCGUGGCUAUCAACGCCUCGCAUUUCCUGAAGAACGGUGGUCACUUUGUAAUCUCUAUCAAGGCUAGCUGCAUUGACUCUACUGCUCCGCCUGAGGCAGUGUUCGCCCGUGAGGUGAAGAAGCUUCAGCAGGAACAGUUCAAGCCAGCCGAGCAAUUGACGCUGGAGCCAUACGAGCGUGACCACGCUGUGGUUGUCGGCACGUACCGUGUGCCCAAGAAGGAGAAGAAGUAG